GUUUAUAGGUGCUGUUCUAGUAGUACAGCUUUAGAGAAGACUGUGGAGAAUUCAGAAGUUACUCGAGAAGAAAUUGUGCUUCCCCGAAGGAAGACCUGGGAUAAGCUAGCGGUUCUUCAAACAUUGGCUUCUACCGUGAACAGGGAUCCUACUGCUGCUCAUUAUAUGUUCCAGGAUGACCCUUUCCUUAUGCCAAGAAAUGCUGCCAGUGCUCGUCUGUAUUCGUUGUCGAAGGAGUCUGGGAAAAAUGCUGCAAAAUACAUUAUUAAGCAAUUUCCUCAGUAUUUUGACAAGACUUUUGCAGAGCCCAAUGUACCAUGCUUGAUGCCUGAGAUUCUUACGCCUCAAAUUGAAGGAUUGAGUGAGGAAGCUCUGAAAGAGCGUAUCCACCUCAGAAGAGUGAAAGAUUCUGUGGACCUGUUUGAUCAGCUUGUACAAGCAGGUACCCCUGUAUCUCUGGAGACCACAAACAGCCUUUUAGAUUUGUUAUGCUUCUACGGAGAUGGAGAAUCUACUCCAGAAAAUGAAGAAAAAAAAGAGGAUUUGGAAGAACCAGGGGUGAAUGCUUCAGAGCAGAAGGCUCCGAAGAAACAAUCCCGAAGAAGUUUACAGUCAUUUGGCUCUAGAUGGAGGGAGAACAACAAUGCUGAAAGGAUAUUUAAGAUAAUGCCAGAGAGGAAUGCACACUCCUAUUGCACAAUGAUCCGUGGGAUGGUGAAGCACGGGGCUUCUGCUAAAGCUUAUGACAUGUACAUAGAUUUGCUGAAUGAAAGACACAAGGCUGAUGUGCACACCUUCAACGCACUGAUUACAGCAGUCCCAUAUCUAAAGGAGAGGUUCGUAGAAAGAUGGGAGUUAGCCAAGGUCUUCCUGAAUCACAUGGCUCAGCAGGAAGUGCAACCAAAUCUGCUAACUUUUAAUGCUUUACUGAAGACUCUGAGAAGAUGUGGUGGUAUAGGAAAAAGUAUGUCGCUAUUGGCAAUAAAGGAAAUGGAAGCACUUGAUAUAGAGCCUAGCCUUGCAACGUAUGAUCAUCUUCUCUCUAUCUUUUAUAAAGACGUUGAUCAUUACCCAUCAGGCAUCAUCUCUGAAGUGCUAGAUGAUGUUGAAAAGAGGAGUUUCACGGCCCAGGACCCUGAUGAUGCCAACUUUUUUGCCACUGCUAUGCAAGUGUGCUGUGAUCUUAAGGAUAUCAAGCUUGCCUAUCGGUUAAAUAAGGCAAUGGAGAAGGGAGACAAUUGGAAAUUCUUGGACAUGGAUCGGUUGAAUGCCUACUGGUCAAAAUUCUUUACACUGUUGUGUAUGAUGGAACAAAUUGAUGUUGUCUUGAAAUGGUACAAAGAAAUGUCCACUUCGGCUUUCUAUCCAACUCCUAAAAAUAUAUUGGACCUCCUUCAAGCGCUGGAUGCAGCCAACCACUUGGAAAUGAUCCCUUCAGUCUGGGAAGAUAUGAAACAGCUGGGGUUCAGUAGGAGACACGACCUGUUGGAAGAUCUCUUGUCUUUGAUGAGCAGGGAGCAGCACCCUCAUGAGAUUCAACUGGCGUUUGCCAAGUGUGCUGAAGACAUUAAAGCUGCCUUUGAGCAAACCGGGAGGGAUCAGGCCCUGUUAGAAUGGACAAGCCUUGAGCUGGGCAGUCUCGCUGUGUUGUUUUCCAGGGCUGGGAGGACCCAGGACGCUUGGAACAUGAUAGAGCGUCUCCAGCAAAUCAAUAGGAUUCCCACUGAACAGGUGAUGAAUGAGUUCUUCAACUGUGCUAAACAAACCAAUUGUCCAGAUGAGGCAAUUAAGCUGGUAAAGCUGGCAGCAUCCCUCGACCUUCCUUCAUCUCAAAGGCUUAAAAGCAGAACGGAGAAGGAAUUUGAACUCUCUGAAAAACAGAAGAAGACACUAGAGAGCAUCAAGUCAGACAGCGACAGCAGCGACAGUGACAGUGACCGUGACUAGCUGUCCCUCUUCCCUGCCCCUCGGAGAACUUGGCACCAGGAGGUCCUGUCAGAAGUGAAAUUCCAGCUUCAGGGAGGUGCUGCAGCAUGGCAGAGUGCUCCAGGGUGUGCCGAUACCAGACCUGCUUCUCCUCCUUGGAGCAAGUGGGAAGCUGUCCUGUUUACGCUGCUGGGUAACUUCAAACGCAGGGGGGCUGCACCAACACAGUGUCUUCUGCACCACUACCUGCAGGAGCUGGCUCUGGCCAGGCAGCAGGGAGCCGAGGGCUGCUUCCUCGAGGCUGCGCAGCCACCUGCAAGACCUUGACAGCUUGAGCAAGACUUCUGUUGGACCUUCUGCAACAUAAACCUGCUCUGGAUUUAAUUCCUUCCCUGCUAACUUGAAUACCAAGUUUACUCUGUAUGUAAAUGCUGUAAUAUAAUACUCAUCACCUGUGGUGUUACUUACCAUCAUAUUGGGACAGACUUUGGACUGUGGGUGUUAAAAGGCUACAAUUUGUACAGCUGGAGACUGCAUAUAAUAAAGAGCUGACCUGAAAUGGGGCCAUCUUCUGAUAAUCCCUAAGCAGAAAGUGAUUACAAAGUGUUGCAGCUGCUCUGUGAGAGAGUCAGUAAAGUUCAUAGAGAAUACAGCAAUCAAGCUAAUGAGGGGAGAGGGAUGGCUCUUGGCCUCACAGCAUUGUGCUGCUGGGCUCAGCUGGAACAGGAAGCUUGAGGAUGCUUUUGAGGUAGUUAUCUUGAACAAGCAAACAACGGUCUUGUUCCUUAGACAAUUACACCAUAUUCCAGGGAAAAGUAGUUAAUAGAUUAUUCUCUUUGUGAAAAAUAAAACCUUGAUGUGCACAAUGGGGAGGAGUAAGAGCACACUGCUGUGGAAUGCAGCUUAAGGAUAAAUCAGUUAUGAGUUUGGCAAACAACAGCUGCUGGAGGUGGAACAAACUACAGCUGGAACA